CAGACGCGUCACCACUUCCGGUUAGCCGCGAUUACUUUUUGUCAUCCGAUUGUCGUCCGACUUUUUGCGGCACCGUUGUGGAAGGAGUGCGCAAGUGUUCAAAAUGAGCAAAAGUGCGAAAUCUGGCGGCAUGCCUGAAGUGGAGGAACACAUUUCCACAAAAUACGAGAUAAAGAAAAGACUUGGCAAAGGGGCGUACGGCAUCGUUUGGAAGGCGGUGGACAGGCAAACGGGAGAAAUUGUGGCGGUGAAGAAGAUUUUCGAUGCCUUCAAAAACAAGACAGAUGCUCAGCGGACCUUUCGAGAAGUCAUGUUACUGCAGGAGUUUGGCGAUCACCCCAAUGUGGUCAAACUCCAAAAUGUCAUCCGGGCACAAAAUGACAAAGACAUUUAUCUCAUCUUUGAAUACAUGGACAGUGACCUGCAUGCAGUGAUAAAGAAAGGAUCACUACUGAAGGACAUCCACAAGCAGUACGUCAUGUACCAGCUGCUCAAGGCGGUCAAAUAUCUGCACUCGGGGAACGUCAUCCACCGGGACCAAAAGCCUUCCAACGUGCUGGUGGACUCAGACUGCGUGGUCAAGCUGUGCGACUUCGGCUUGGCCCGAUCGCUCAACCAAGACCAGGAGGAUGCCGAAAACCCAGCGCUGACGGAGUACGUGGCCACCAGGUGGUACCGAGCCCCCGAGAUCCUGCUGGGGUCCACCAGGUACACGAAGGGCGUGGACAUGUGGAGCCUGGGCUGCAUCCUGGGCGAGAUGUUGCUGGGAAAGGCCUUGUUCCCCGGAACGUCAACCAUCAAUCAGAUCGAGAGGAUCAUGGGGGCCAUACCGCACCCGUGUCCAGAAGAUAUCCUCGCCGUCAAGUCUGAAAUUGGGUCGUCGGUCAUUCAGAGAAUAUUACACAAGCCGCAAGUUCUUUUAGAGGGGCUCCUACAGGUGUCUGCGCCCCCCGACGCCCUGGACCUCCUCAAGGGUUUGCUGGUCUUCAACCCUGACAAGAGGCUGACUGCGGAAAAAGCCCUCCGGCAUCCUUAUGUAGCCAGGUUCCACAAUCCGGGCAAGGAGCCGUCGCUCAACUACGACGUAGUUCUGCCACUGGACGACGACGUGCAGUUAUCAGUGGAGCAGUACCGCAACAAAUUAUACGAGAUGAUUCGAGAGAGGAAAAGCCAUCAGGGAAUGCUGCGGCUCUUCCAACCCACAAAGGUCGCGACCGUCAGGGAUGGCCGAAAGGAGGUUGGAGACGACAAAAGGGACGCAAAGCCCGAAGGUGAAAGUCCACGCCAGGCAGAGAACGCGUCGCCGCCGCCUCCUGCGGACAAGCCGGACCCUUCAGGGAACCCCCACCCGGGCAGAUGCACCUAUAACCCCAUCACGCACACCCCAAAUGGCUUCCUUCACUCAAACGCGGCCGGCAUCAGAGGCGCAAGACAGAGGAGCAACAGUGCCACCUCGUCGCCAACAGAGGGCAACAGAGCUAACACAUCCAUGGACCAGAUUAUCCAGCGCGGUCGCUCGGCCCCGGCGCACCCAAACCGGGCUUUCUCCCUGGCAUUCACCCAUUCUCAGAACAACCUGCUGGUACGCAAGCACGAAUCGCCUCCGGGACUGAGCAUCGCCAACGCUAACCCGAACCAGCACUCAGGCUCUCAAGCCCGCGAUGGACGACCGGCGCCGCGCUUCAGCAAGAAGGUUUUCCAGAACAACUGCAACGUGGCGGCGGCGGGUGACCCACGCGCAAAGCUGGGCAGCUACUGCCAGGCGUACGGAACCAUCAGCAAGACCGAGCUGGACAACCUGCUUCAGGCGCGAACAUGCAACCAAUAGUGUGUUAUGCCCUAACGGCAGGGAUGCGGGGAGAGGGGGGGGGUGGUCCUGCUUCAUCAAGGACAUCUUAAAGAGACCAAUUCUUCUCAAGGUGGUUUCAUAAGAAGAAAGGACAAUUUAUCAAACCUUUGUGAGAGAGGAAAAUGAAAUUUCUGAUCAAUUAGCAUGUUGACAACAAUUUUUGACCUUUGUGAGAAGACCAUGAGUUUUUUACUUUUGUGAGAAUACCAUGGAUGGCCUCUAUGAAUGAGUAGAACAUUACCUGUAUUGUUAAUAAAAUGUUUGCGAUGGCAA